AUGGCCAAGGGGAAAGCAAAAGGUCAAAAAGGUAAGAAGAUCACCUUGAAAAUUGCCAAAAAUUCCAUCCGGAUAUCUUCUGAUGGAGGGCGCCGUCUUGACUUAAGCAAGAUGGGUAUCACUACCUUCCCCAAGUGUAUUCUGAAACUGGCUGAUGUGGAUGAACUUGAUUUGAGCAGAAACAUGUUGAAAAAGAUUCCAAGCAGCAUCCAGAAGUUCCAGAAACUGCGCUGGUUGGACCUGCAUAGUAAUCAGCUUGAGGAGCUGCCCGAGGCAAUAGGUACACUUCAGAACCUUUUCUACCUGAAUAUAUGCAACAACAAGCUGACCACCAGAAAUCUGCCAGAAGAGUUGAACCUUCUCAAGAACCUGCGUAUUCUCAACCUUGGCUUGAACUGUCUUGACAGUAUUCCCACCAGUCUUGGGGCUCUGAAGGAACUUAAGGAGAUAGGUCUCUUUGACAAUGCCUUGACCACCAUCCCAAACAGUGUGACAAAGCUCCCCAAGCUCAUGAAACUGAAUGCAGAAAGAAACCCUUUCCCAGAUUCAACAAAUCAAGAAGAGCAUGCCGACUCCAUCAAAUGCAUAGAAACGUUUUAUUUAGUACAAGAUAAAGACCUGUGCUGUUCCUGCCUGAAGACGUGUCAGGAUGAGAGGAACAAGCUGAACAAGUUAAGGAACGUGACAUCUAGCCCCUCAAAGAAGCCAAGUUUCCCUUUACUCCUUACACCCAAUUCCUCUGCAAAGGAUAACCAAGAAGAAUGGAGAUUAAGAGGCAAACAUCCCUGA